AUGCCGAUCGCGUGUCCAACUCUUAACGAACAAGUCGCCAACUGGCUGAACUGGGAUAAGAAUGAAACGACACGUGGCGAAAUUCAAAAACUGGUCGAUGAUAUGAAUGAAGAGGGUCUGAAAGCUCGGAUGACGUCUCGUUUGGUCUUCGGAACUGCCGGUGUUCGGUCUCCGAUGCAAGCGGGAUUCGGGCGCUUGAAUGAUUUGACUAUUAUUCAAAUCACUCAUGGAUUCGCUCGUCAUAUGUUGAAUGUUUAUGGGCAACCGAAGAAUGGAGUGGCGAUUGGAUUCGAUGGAAGACAUAAUAGUAGGAGAUUCGCCGAACUCGCCGCCAACGUCUUCAUCCGUAACAACAUCCCCGUCUACCUCUUCUCUGAAGUCUCUCCAACUCCAGUCGUCUCAUGGGCUACGAUCAAGUUGGGAUGCGACGCUGGUCUUAUCAUUACCGCUUCUCACAACCCAAAAGAGGAUAAUGGAUACAAGGCUUAUUGGAGUAACGGAGCUCAGAUUAUCGGCCCACAUGACACUGAAAUCAUUCGAAUCAAGGAGGCGGAGCCACAGCCGAGAGAUGAGUAUUGGGAUUUGAGUGAGCUGAAGACGUCGCCACUUUUCCACUCGGCUGAUGUCACUAUUGAUCCAUAUUUUGAGGUGGAGAAGUCACUGAAUUAUACUAGAGAGAUCAACGCCUCGACACCACUCAAAUUCACCUAUUCGGCAUUCCAUGGAAUCGGAUAUCACUACACGAAACGAAUGUUCGCCGAGUUCGGAUUCCCGGCGUCUUCAUUCAUUUCAGUCGCCGAGCAACAAGAACCGAAUCCAGAUUUUCCGACAAUUCCGUUCCCAAAUCCAGAGGAAGGACGAAAAGUGUUGACAUUGGCAAUUGAGACGGCAGAUAAGAAUGGGUCAACAGUGAUUCUGGCAAACGAUCCAGAUGCGGAUAGAAUUCAGAUGGCUGAGAAACAGAAGAAGUAA